GUUCCUGAAUUCUCAGGGAAAGGUGUUUGAUCAACUUCCCUCGUCGAAUUUAAUCUGUUGCACGGCGAUGAUAAGUGGAUAUGUUCACAAUGGAAUGGGAAGGUAGGGGCUAUAGAUGCCUAAAGAGAUGAUGUUGAAAGCGCUGACGCCUGUACGGGAUAUCUUCUGAUAGACAGCAUUCCUCCUGUAUGGUGGAUCUAUUGGGGUGUGCAUGUAUGUUGAGUGAAGGGGAGGAGUUCGUGCAACAGGCUCCUGGAAAAUGGUGAUUGUGUGUUGUAGAGUUCCUUGCUGCAAAACUGCAGGAACCAUAAGAAUUAAAUGGUGGAAAGAAGGGCAGCAAAGGUCCUGUUGGAUCUUGCAGGUAUCUAACUACUACGCUGAAACUGGGAAUAUGAUUUGUCAAUGAAGAUAAGAGAAACUGAUAAAAGGACGAUGAUGACACUGCAGACGUCUGGUCGCAGUUUUCUUGAGGUCAAUGGCUGCUGUCGAGAUUAAUAUGAUGAUCGAUCAUCUACUGAAAACAAGUUGGCUGUCAGCAGUUAGUUAGCCUUCAGGGUCCUGGAUAUUCUCCCUGCAUACUUCAACUGUCUUUUCAUUAAGCUGGACCCUCCCCCCUGUGAGUAAAUUAUAUUUCUUGUGUGUCUGUGUGUAUAUCUGACACGGGAAAAGCGAAAAGGUUGCUUUUGCUUGAGACAUGCUAUUGCGGUGGCCAGGGUCUCAUUGGAGCAAUUGACCUGUCAGUGUCAGUUGAGACUGUGCUUCUAUUCCGAACCACAACUGGGAAUGUAUUUUAUAUUUUGACUAAAAUGGAUAACUGGGUGGAGUCAAAAGCGGAAUCUAGGAAACAUGGUUUAUGACAACCUUGGAAUGCUUGAGGAUCUUGAAACCGUUGACAUUGAAGAAGGGCUGGAAGGUUUUGACGUACCUUCAUGGACAAGCGAACGCGGUGGCAAAGUUCUCGUGAACGUAGACAGCUUUGGCGCUGUUGGAGAUGGAGUUUCUGAUGACACUAAGGCCUUUGUGAAUGCUUGGAGCACAGUGUGCAACACAACAAAAGCAGUCUUCUUGGUCCCUCCAGGGCGCCAGUAUAAAGUUAAUGCGACGAAAUUUAAAGGACCUUGUGUCGAUAAGCUGAUCAUUCAGAUUGAUGGAACAAUAGUGGCACCUGAUGAACCUGCAAGCUGGGAUCCAAAUUAUGCAAGAUUAUGGCUACAUUUCAGUAAGCUGAAUGGAAUUAUCUUUCAAGGGAAUGGAGUCAUUGAUGGCUCUGGCAGCAAGUGGUGGGCUGCUUCUUGUAAGAAGAACAAGUCAAAUCCUUGCAAAGGGGCACCAACUGCAUUAACUAUUGAUUCGAGCACUGGUGUGAAAGUUAAAGGGAUAACCGUCCAGAACAGCCAACAGAUGAAUUUUGUGAUUACCCGGUGUAACUCGGUCCGCAUUUCUGAUGUGAUAAUCUCGUCUCCUGGAGACAGCCCCAACACAGAUGGGAUCCACAUCACUGAGUCCACUAAUGUUGUUCUCCAAGAUAGCAAAAUUGGAACAGGAGAUGAUUGUGUCUCAAUUGUCAACGGUAGCUCCAAUAUCAAAAUGAAGAGAAUCUAUUGUGGACCAGGACAUGGCAUCAGCAUCGGGAGCCUUGGAAAGGACAACUCCACUGGCAUCGUCACAAAAGUUGUCCUCGAUACAGCAUUGCUCCGGGAGACAACCAAUGGCCUCAGGAUCAAGACUUGGCAGGGUGGCCAUGGUUAUGUUCGCGGGAUACGUUAUGAAAACGUGAAGAUGGAGAAUGUUGCCAACCCCAUCAUCAUUGACCAAUUCUAUUGUGAUUCACCUAAGUCCUGUGAAAACCAGACAGCAGCUGUGGAGAUAAGCCAGAUCAUGUACCGAAACAUCAGUGGAACUUCCAAAAGUCCGAAAGCCAUGAAGUUUUCAUGCAGUGACACGGUCCCUUGCAGCAACAUAGUCUUGACCAACGUCAACUUAGAGGGGAAAGAUGGCACUGUAGAGACUUACUGCAACUCUGCUCAAGGCUUUGGAUAUGGCAUAGUUCAUCCUUCAAUCGACUGCCUAACCUCCCACGACAAGGACUACACUUUCACACCUGAUAUUAUUGAAGUUUCAGAAGCGACCAGCCAGGAAAUUGUUCACGCAGAGCUCUAACCUUGUUUCCCAACACAACUCGCUAUCAUAUCACAUCGUAUAUUGUAAUUUGUAACGUACCUUAGUACAUACCUAAGAUUGGUAAUCACGAUAUAGGGUUUUCACUAUUAGCUGAUUUCUUGGGAGGUUUUCUUUUCCUAUUUUUUCAUAUAUAUGUUAGCGUGAUACAUGUUUGUUGCUGCAGCUAAUAAUGCAGCAAUGAGAUGGCAAAUAGCCAAAUUAUACACACUUUUAUAUAUUUUAUCUCCUGGGUUGUUGACAGAAGACACUGUAAGCUCUGUAAAUUGAGAAUCAAUCAAGCAACGAGGGUUGUUGAUAGAAGCUGGGGAUUCUUUUAUCCUUUAGAAGAGAUACAGACAAGUAGAACAUGGGUUUUGCUUUGGCUUACAGCAG